ACCUUGCGGGACACGGAGGAGAUGCUAAGUAAGAAUCAGGAAUUUCUGGAAACUAAGAUCGAGCAGGAGCUGACCGCCGCCAAAAAACACGGCACCAAAAACAAGCGCGCGGCCCUCCAGGCACUGAAGCUCAAGAAGAGGUAUGAAAAGCAGCUGGCGCAAAUCGAUGGCACUCCAUCCACCAUCGAGUUUCAGCGGGAGGCCCUGGAGAAUGCCAAUACCAACACCGAGGUGCUCAAGAACAUGGGCUAUGCUGCUAAGGCCAUGAAGGCUGCCCACGACAACAUGGACAUCGAUAAAGUUGAUGAGUUAAUGCAGGAAAUUGCUGACCAGCAAGAACUUGCAGAGGAGAUUUCAACAGCUAUUUCAAAACCUGUAGGAUUUGGAGAAGAGUUUGAUGAGGAUGAGCUCAUGGCAGAAUUAGAAGAACUAGAACAGGAGGAACUAGACAAGAAUUUGCUGGAAAUCAGUGGACCUGAAACAGUCCCUCUACCAAAUGUUCCCUCUAUAACCUUACCAUCAAAGCCCACCAAGAAGAAGGAAGAGGAAGAGGAUGACAUGAAGGAACUGGAGAAUUGGGCUGGAUCCAUUUAACUGGUCCGGUGCAGGCUGGGCCCAGACAGACUCUGGUGGCGCGUGCAGCGGGCAGGCGUGUGCGUGUGCGGGGCAGGCAGGACAUAGUGUAGGCAGGUUCCAUCGCUCCUGAGUCUCCCUCCAAAGCAGUAGGGCCGCGUCCCUGCUCACUCUCUGCAUAGCAUGGUCUGCACCCAGCGGGUCGGGGAAGGGGGAGGGGGGCGGGUGGGUAGGGUGGGAGGUGCCUGCUGUUUAUAAUGUUGAAUUUCUGUAAAAUAAACUGUAUUUGCAAAUCCAAAAAAAAAAAAAAAAAA